AUGCAUGCAUUGACCACGCGACUCGGAAGUAAAGGAGAGCAUGACAGGCUCCUACGUAUGCAUUGGAUAACGCCAUCGCUUCCGUUACCACCGAACCUGCCCGAGUGUGUUGCGUAUCCGCUUGAUCGCGAUGCCGUCUCAGACGCCAGCGGUAAAGCGUCGACUUGGCCUCGAAAAGGCAACCGAGCAUCUUCUAAACUCGUAUGCAUCCGUAACGCCUCAUUGCCGUGCUUUGAAUGUCGAAGUUGUCCACCCAAACCAGUUCGUAUAAAACAGCAAAGCAAGAGCACAGAGAUAGACAGACAGAUAGAGAGAACGAGCGAGCACUCCAAUGCUCCAUAUCCACCUGACACACUAGUCGGUGGCAUGCCCAGCAGCGAACGCGGCAAGCACAUUGCCCGCAACUCGUUCUCGUUCAGACUGGAGUUCAGCGUCGCUGAGGGCGGGAACACGCCGACCGCUCCCACCGUAUGCGAAGACCUGAUGCUCUACUGUCCAGUUUGCUAUGAAAGAGUGCGUACAGUGCAGCAUCAGCGGCGCGUUGAUCAGGUGCUGACCUGUCUGCUCUGUCGACGCUGCGGGUACUGCUACACGCCACCGCCGAACACCACUUGGACAGAGCCGCUCCAUCCCUGGACCGCCCGAGACAGAAACCAAGUCCGAGCGGGAGUGUCGCAGACCCUACAGCAACCAGAGGAGCUUGUGGUGCUCGGUGCAGAGUCAGCUGGUCAAGAAACAAGCCAGGUUCGUUGCGAGCGCUGUAGCGCACGAAAGGCCAGCUUUUACCAGUUGCAAACACGCAGUGCAGACGAGCCUAUGACCACGUUUUAUCGGUGUUUGGAGUGUGGUGCCCAGUGGCGCGAAUGA